AUGAAGGUUCGUGUCUCGGGGGACUCUGUGAUCAAAGAUAAACAACAUAAUGAAGGUCUCGUGUCUGUCCUCCGGGUCGAGGAGGCCACGCCCCCGCCGCAGCUCUCCCUUCUGAUUGGAUGCCGCUGUGAUCCCCGGAGACCGGGACCCCAUAAAAGGAGCCCGCCGCCCGGCCGGCCCCGGUCUGUCCAUCCUGCUCCUCCUCCUCCUCCUCCUCCUCCUCUCCUCCUCACCUGUAAGGACCAGUUCAGCCUCCAGAUGAGCAGCAUGACGUCACGGGCCGGGCUGGAGGAGAGGCCCCGGGUGAAGCUGCUGUCUCCCGGGUUCGGGAUCGAUAAGUCCCGUCUGCUCGGCCCCGGGUUCCGCUCCAAAGGGUUCGCCAUCACCGACCUGCUGGGCCUGGACUCGGACCUGCAGGUGCGGCCCCGGGCUCCUCCGGGCCCCGGGCUCCUCCUCCGGGCCCCCGGGUCCGAGCCGCUGGGAGCCGGUCCCGGGGGCCUCGCAGGCUUCUCGUUCCCGGGAGGCUCUCUGCCGCUCGGCCUCGGGUUCCUGUGCAGCCUGGCGGCCCAGCAGCCCUGCUUCCUCCCGGGACACCUGCUGCAGGCCCGGCCCGACGGACACUACCUGCAGGGCCUGGAGGCCCAGAGGGACCCGUACUCCGAUGAAGAGUGUCUCUCAGACCGCAACGACCCCAAGAGCUGCACCAACUCCCAGAAGAGGAAGAAGAGGAGGCACAGGACGGUGUUCACGUCUCACCAGCUGGAGGAGCUGGAGAAGGCCUUCCAUGAGGCUCACUACCCGGACGUGUACGCCCGAGAGAUGCUGGCCAUGAAGACGGAGCUGCCGGAGGACAGAAUACAGGUCUGGUUCCAGAACCGGCGGGCCAAGUGGCGGAAGCGGGAGAAGUGCUGGGGCCGCAGCAGCGUGAUGGCGGAGUACGGGCUGUACGGGGCCAUGGUGAGGCACUCCAUCCCGCUGCCAGAGUCCAUCCUCAACUCCGCCAAGAACGGCAUGAUGGGCUCCUGCGCGCCCUGGCUGCUCGGUGAGCCGCGGUCAGUGCCCGCAUCACACACACACAGAAUGCACAAGAAGUCUCUAGAAAUAACCAAAAAGUGUCCCAGCCCUCGGGAGUCGGACUCAACUCGACCCGACGCGUUCUGCGACGCUUCGGAGCGACGCGGCGGCGGCGAGGCUCGGGAGGAGCAGGAGGAGCUGCUGGAGAUGGAGGAUGAGGAGGAGGAGAUGGAGGAGGAGGUGGCCAUCGACCUGUCCAGCUCCUCCAAACAGCAGCAGCAGCAGGAGGAGGCCGGGAGCUCGAUAAGGCCCGCCUCCUCGAUAAGGCCCGCCUCCUCGCCGCGGCGGCAGAGCGGCAGCGAAUCAGACGAGCGCAGCUGA